AUCCAGACAUUCAUUCAUACACGCUCAUCGUUUCACAACAUAUUUUUACGCACGUUUGUUUACAUCGGUUGGACUGGCACUAUGAGCGACAGAAGUGCACUUAUAGAUUUACGUAAAAAGAUUCUGCAAUCACAGAAAUUGAUCGACAUUUAUGAGUGGUUAAUUGGUUCCUACGUUCUUGAUUUCUACGUUGACAAUCAUUGGGACCGUCUACCCCUUUGUUGGCGAUCUUGCUUUGAACGAGUGGACAUUCAAGAACUACGAGCCCUGCUAACAGCUGACUCUAACACCGAACAGCACACAUUAUGGCCUCUUUCGAUCCUAGCCCUUCGGGUACUACUGCAGAGGUUGUGCUUAUCUCGAGCGUCCCACCAGCAGCCCGACAUUGAAUUCGGUACAGAACAGCAACACUCGGCUUUUUGCAAUCACAAAAAAUUGUUCGAUAAGUCGGUAAAACUGAAAAAGAGACACGAAAUCGAAAAGUUUUGCAAUGAAUGCUGGCUGACCGGUCAAAGUGCGGACGUGAAACACCUGGUAGAUGUUGGAUCGGGUCAAGGCAAUCUUGCUCGCUCACUGAACUAUGGUUAUGGAUUUAUGGUGUGCUGCAUCGAACAGAACGAGCAACUAGUCGAGGCGGCCAGACUUAAAGACGAAGAACUGUCUUGUCGUUUGAAAAAACAGUUUAAAAUCGAAUCCUUACAUCACCCUGUUCAUCUAAGCAGGAAAGAAAACCUAGAAAUAAUCGAUCCUUGUCAGUUUGCGCAAAUGAUUCGUGACUCAUUCAACGUAGAAAAAGGUACACCUUUUCGAUUCGGUCUGAUCGGACUACAUCCCUGCGGUGACUUAGCAGUUGUGCUACUCAAACUGUUCCUAGCCUGUCCAGAGGCUAAAUUUAUCAAAAUAGUAUGUUGUUGCUACAUGAAACUUUCAACAAAAGAUGACGAAACUGAGAGUUACGGAUUCCCGUUGAGUGAUUUUAGCAACAAGCAUAACUUGAGGCUAAGUUAUGAAUCGCGGGAAAUCGCCUGCCACGCAAUCGAACAAUACGGCCACAAAUUGCAGACAGGCUAUGACGAACUGAAGGUACACGCUUAUCGUGCGGCAGUUGAGAAAAUCAUUGUCAAAUUAUACCCUCAUUUAAAACAUUUCGGACUGAAGAGUACCAAGGUGAGCAACAUGUGCUUCCAAGAGUACUGCGACAGAGCAACGAGCGGACUGCAAAUCGAACUACCUCAAACGGAAACGCAAUCCGAUGACACCCGGUUCAAUCUCAGCUGCUGGGAACGGGUAGUCAAAUUCUACACGCUAAGACUGAUGUUCGCACCGUUGAUCGAGUCGCUCAUACUGUACGAUCGGUGGCUGUAUUUGCUGGAGCAAGGAAUUUCUAGUAAAAUUGAAGCGGUGUUCGACCCAAUUUGUUCUCCCAGGAAUCAUGCCCUGACCGGGUGGAAGUAAUGUGUCCUCUUAUACACCAGCGUAUUCUAGGACUAUUUACGGCAUUACAGAUUAUUCAUUUCUAAUAUCUAUGACAAAGAGGUAAGCCGUCAUCUAUUUAUUUUGUUGUUCUGGACCACGAUACAGAAUAUCGUAGCAAACUGUGGCUGAUGGCCGAGGAUGAAAAUAUUACAAGUUUUGAUAUGUUUUCCUUCAUCGUCAAUAGGCUUUUGAUAAAAUCUGGUCAUUUUUACGCAACGAAGUUUCCCUGGCAGAACUAGAAUUAUGUGCCUAAUCAUUCAAAAUACUUGCAGUUUUUGUGAUUUUUAGAAAAACAUAAUUUUGAUAACCGGACCAUUUUUCUUGAAAAAAUGACUGAUUUGACGGAUAACACCAGUAACAGCUUGAAAAAAUUUUUUAGCAUUGCCACAUAAAAAAGCGGCCAAAUUUGACUGAAUGAAUUGACCACAAUCCUGAGAAGAAAGAAGCGCCAGCAGGAGGACACAGAACGUCAAGAACUGGAGCAACCUGGUUUCACAUGCGCAAGUUUUUUGAGAAGGUGAACUAACCCGUGAAGGCUACACAUCGAAUCCAGCUAUCUGUAGGGAAGGGGACGGAAACCUGAUCAAAAGCGAGCACAAGGUUGUCUACAGGUGGAAGCAGCUCUUCGAUAAGCACCUCAACAGCGAACCAACGGAAGAGAAGUUAUGCAUGAAGUGCUUCCAAACGCUAGCAGUGUCCUAGUUUCCAAGAUAUAUUCUGGAGAUCAAACUGAAAGCGAAGUCACUAGGGACAGACUGCCGGCAGAGCUCUAUAAACAAGACAAAAAGGCACUAUCAACAGGAUAAUAUCCAGGAUUUGGGAGGAACAGAGAUUACCGGAUCAAAUUUUUACUCUACGGCAUAUUCUUCAAAAAUGUAAGCAGUACAACGUGCCAAUACAUCACGCCUUCAAGGUAGCAUAUGACACAGAUCGAGACCAGGUUUGGCGGAUAAACUAAGGACUUUUCAAGGCUACCUUGUACCAAUUUAUGUGCUUCGAAGGCGCCGCACACUGUCGAUGCACAACACCUUAAUUAUAAUUAUUAUUAUUAUGUACAGCCGUAAGUAGAAGUGAACUGUACAUUAACCUACAGAAGGCGAAUCGCUUCGCGUCCACUA